AUGAGUGAUGGACACAGCGAAAUUAGGAUAAGCAACAAAAGAGACGGCUCCAUUUGCCAGAGAUGGCUGUACUCUUGCGAUGAUAGCAUCGUCGAAGAAUUCAAUGGAGGACUUCCUGUGCCAAUCAUGAAAGUGGUGAUCUGGCAUCGUGAGCAGAAGUCGAUAGAGGAAGGAGGCAGCCGAGGUAGGCUACUAACUUGCUCGUUAGAAGUAGUGUUCGAACGGGGCCAUUCGAUGUCUAGUUGUUCAGAUUGGAUGGGUAUGCUUUCAAAAGGGCUGUUUUCAUGCGUGCUGGUGUUCGUGGUCUCUUGGUUUUUCUGUUCUCGUGGGGAUUGGCGCAUCUACAAGUUGAGAGUGUGCUCGGGCAAGUGGGCUAACCAGAACUACUAG